GCAUGACCAGUUUUUGCUACAUUAAUUAGACAAAGUCAUUAUUAAAACGCCCAGCGUUGAGCUUGCGCCAUACUCGUAGUAACAGAGCACCGGGAACUUCUUUGAAGCCACUGAAUAUUCUGUUCGCUCGUGCAGGGGCGCCAUUGCACUGCUGUUGUUUUAAUACUCCGAAAUUGUUUCGUGUGGCGGUUAGGUACCGCAUGGUGACGAACUGAUUCUACCUAGGAGGUUCGCAGUUUCGGAUCUAGAACAAUGAGGACGUCACGUCUCUUGUGUGCAUUUGGUGCCGUGCUGCUCUGUUGGGUGCCGUCGUGGACUGCCCACGCGGAAGAGCACUUCGCUGUUUUUUCGACUUGCAGGACCAGUUUCGGAAGAAAGAGGAUCUUAGUGCAUUCUGGUGACAGCGUCACGAUUCAGUGUCCCGGAGCAAUCGCAUCAAAUCCGCAAGAUGUGUCAAAGUACGUGUGUCCGGGGGAGGAGCCAAACUGCACAGAUGCAACAAAAGCGACCUACCAAACCAUGUUUCCUAUCGCGCCUCCAGAUUUUCAGUUCUGGAGCGGAGGCGACAGUAAGUCAAACUAUGGUAUCCUCAAAAUUCCUGAGGUAAAAGACCCCGUCACCAUCAGCUACUCGUGGCAAGCGGCGCACAGCACUUUCACAGGCCAUGCGGCAAACAGCCACCUAAUCCUUGAUGUUAAUCCCAAAGAAGAGGAAGUUACGCGUACCGUUACAUCGACGGUGGUGGUGGUGUCUGGAUGUGAGACUCAGUCUCUCUUCACUUUCUUGCUUGUGGUUGCUUCUGGAAUCGCAAUGCAACAAGUGCUGUAAGACGCAUUGCACUACUUUUGGAAAGAGACGAAGCGACGUUCCUCGUGGGCCGGCUGUGGAAGAAGACUCGAUUGACAAACGUCCACUCUCGCUGAUCCUUGUGAUCAUUCAAAGGGAAUGACUAGACAUGCGUGAAUCAGGUUUAUUCGCUCUUCGCUGUGCACUUGUGCCAGUGCCACGCGUAGAGGGUGGCUAAUAAAAAGUGAGGGCGCGUGACACCCGCCUGCCGAUGAUGAAUGGAAAAAUGCUUUAUUCGCGACAACGUCCACAAGGAUUUUGCGACGAACUGUAUUCGUGUCUUGUGCCUCGUUGUUGACUGUGGAUUUAUGUUGGAACAGUCGAGAACCGUGACACCGUAGGUUUUUUGGUUUCACGAGAAGUGCCACCGCGGUGCCUCCUCUUCCAGUUCGCACGUGAGCUCGUCUCUGGAUUCGAGAAGAGUGUGAACCCGAUGAGGGAGCUGUGAAAACGACAAACCCUGGAGGGGUGGUGAGUGGAAGGGUCGUUGCGUGUGCGAAGUCCAUGCAAUGUUGGAAUGCGUGAGAUCUUGCGUGUUAUACGUCUUGCCACGCUGCGCGGAAACGGGGUGGUGCACGUUCAUCCUGUUCACAUCGAAGCACUCCGCAUUUGCCGGUUUUGCUUGACGGAUAAAUAAUUCGUCGUGAAUACGCUUGUCAUUUACCAACUGAAGAAGUCCUUGGCUGAUCCUCAGACAUCUCACUGCAUAGCUAUUACAGCUUUACGUAAGUAGAAAUGCUCCACGUGUGAAAAUAGUGAAAUGCGAAGGCGGCCCACGCCGGUGUCAGCCGCCCGCUCCAUAGAUAGGCACGAAUACACAUCGAGGCACAACGUUGACUUUUGCGCGCCCCUUAAGUCGCGGUUCCGAAUUUUAAACAACGUGUUAGAGUGCGAUAGGGAUUCGCGUGGAGAGAGAUCCCAGCCCCGGCUCGUGAAGCGUCGAGAGGCUCAACCACAGCGGGGCCAGAGAGGUCGUCUUUUCCCGCCAGCUGGUGGGGCCUGAUCAGCCACCAGAGUGUCAUUUUAUGUCACUUUUCUUGAUUGGAUAUUUUCUUCCUGAAGGGAAGGAUAAAGCAGUCAUUUCAACGGAAACUACGGGGAAGGUUUCCCUGAAAAGCAGGAAUCGUCCUAGUAGUUUAUAGAGUACGCCGCGCUGCCCCAUAAACCAGUUCCACUCAUCACCUGUUGACAUGGAAUCGGUAUUUGAGGGGUAAUGUGGCAUCCAUGUUAGCCUACAGUGUUAGCUGCACCCGCAAAUAGUCAAAGCCAGCGACGCUGGUUCCGUCGUCGGGCCGAUUAUUGCAAGAUAAUACUUGAUAUCCUGGCCGACACCAGAAUGCUUUUCUCGUGUCUGUAUCUUCCGGGAAUCCCAGCCGAUUAGGCGUGUUUGUUGUGACAUGGCUGAUAGAACCAAACGUUAGCAGUUAGGGUGUUGUUUGGCGUCACGAGAAGAGGCGAUCUCCGGUAUCAUGGGGGGAUUGCUUGUGUUUCUUUGUCUUUCGUGUACCCCCUGGUCAACUUCAUCGAAUAAUCAUUCACGAGUUGCCAUGCAUCUCGUCUGUAGUUCUUGCGCAUCUGACGCAAAUGUAAUCUGGCUUUCGGAAGGCACAGAAGAAGUAUCUGUUUCACUCGAAAGAACACAAGGCGAAAUGCAAAAGACGGAUCUCCGCCUCUUCACGUUCUGACGGUAUCUGGGCAGCGUAGCGUCACCCGGAUCGGAGCAGUUGCCACGAGUAUACAG